AUGAACAAGCAAAGUAUGUUGGACGUUGUUUUACAUGAUAUACUUCAUAUGGUCACACCCUCGCGAGAAGAUUGGGAGAUACGGCUUGCAAUUAUAAAUGAUUUGCGAAGCACUGUUGAAUCUGUGGAAAGCCUGAGAGGAGCAACUGUUGAACCUUUUGGGUCAUAUGUAUCUAAUCUCUUCACGCGAUGGGGUGACUUGGAUAUUUCAAUUGAGAUAUUAAAUGGCACCCAUAUUGCAUCUGCUGGGAAAAAACAAAAACAAACGUUGCUGGUAAAUUUCCUAAAAGUUUUGAGAGUGAAAGGUGGAUGCAUGCACUUUCAGUUCAUCCCUCAUGCAAGAGUUCCCAUUUUAAAAUUCAAAAGCGUACGACAAGGCAUAUCUUGCGAUGUUUCGAUCAAUAACCUUCCGGGCCUGAUGAAAUCCAAAUUUUUGCUUUGGAUCAACAAGAUAGAUUCCCGCUUUCAUGAUUUGGUUUUAGUGGUUAAGCAAUGGGCCAACGCACAUAAAAUCAAUAACUCGAAGACUGGAUCUUUCAACUCCUUUACUCUCAGUUUACUUGUAAUCUUUCACUUUCAGACAUGUGUUCCUGCAAUUUUUCCACCGCUGAAAGAUAUAUAUCCUACCAAUAUGGUUGAUGAGCUAAGAGGUGUUAGAGUUGAUGCCGAGAAUCUUAUUGCAGAAACCUGUAAUGCUAACAUAGACAGCUUCAUAUUAAAUAAGUUGAGGCGAAUCAACAGAACAUCUUUACCUGAACUUUUCAUUGAUUUCCUAAGAAAGUUUGCUCAGAUAGAUUCAUGGGCCGCAGAGUAUGGAAUUUGCACUUAUACGGGACAACGGGAACAGAUAGAAAACAACAUGAGAUGGUUGCCUAAGACUAGUGCAAUAUACGUUGAGGAUCCUUUUGAGCAGCCAGAAAAUUCAGCAAGAUCAGUGAGUGCAGGACAGCUGAAAAAGAUAGGCGAAGCAUUUCAAACGACGUACAACUUACUUAUAUCAAACAAUCAGAACCAAAUCUCUCUCCUGACCCAAUUAGUACCACCGCAUGUGUUCAGCCUUAUUGUCCACAGGGGAGUGCUCCCACUCCCACAUUCAAAACACCUUGUUCAAAAUGGCAGGCAGGGAGUCAAUUCCAAUGGUUUGACUUCAAAGCGAGGAGCCAAUUCCAACGGUUCGACUUCAAAGCAAGGGGCCAAUUCCAACGGUUCGACUUCAAAGCAAAGGGCCAAUCCCAACGGUUCGACUUCAAAGCAAAGAGCCAAUUCUAACGCUUCGACUUCAAAGCAAGGAGCAAGCUCCAAUGCCUCUACUUCAAAGCAAGGAGUAAGCUCCAAUGCCUCUACUUCAAAGCAAGGAGCAAGCUCCAAUGGUUCGACUCCAAAGCAAGGAGCAAGCUCCAAUGGUUCGACUCCAAAGCAAGGAGCAACCUCCGAUGGUUCGACUUCAAUUAUACCUACAAAAGGUCGUCAAGGUCCGCAGCAGCAGGCGUGGAGGCCAAAGGCCCAUACCCAAGCAUAG